AUGGUUGGCAAUGAUUUGGUGGAUUUUGAUGCUUUGUCCGCAAAUCGAUCUUUGGCUUCUAAUAAAGUUUGGGAAGCGGUUCAGACCAAGGAGAGAAUUCUUCGACAAAAUACGAGAACCCUUUGGCUUAAGGAGGGUUGGUUGGAGGAUGUCAUUUUGAUAAAGGAUGAGAUUCGUAGUCAUUUUGAAAGAAGAUUCUCUAUAACUUCGUCCUCAAGGCCUGUUCUAGAAGGGGUUGAUUUGGCUUGUUUGUCUUUGGAGGAUUCAAUGGGGUUGGAGGUGCCUUUUUUAGAAGAGGAAAUGAAGGAUGUGAUUUGGAAUUCGGAAGGGGACAAAAGUCCGGGUUCGGAUGGAUUUAGUAUGGGGUUCUACAAGAAGUGUUGGCCAUUUUUUAAGAAAGACAUUAUUGAUUUUGUUAAUGAGUUUUUUGAAUGGGCUACUCUUCCAAAAGGGGUGACGGCUUCCUUUCUCGCUCUUAUUUCAAAGGUUGAUAAUCCUAGUAACUUGGAUGAUUUUAGACCAAUUUGUCUUAUAGGUAGCAUGUAUCGUAUUUUGUCGAAGUUAUUAGCUCAAAGAUUGAAGAAGGUGAUAAGUAAGUUAGUUUCGAAGUGUCAAUCGGCCUUUGUAGCGAGAAGGAAUAUGUUAGAUGGUGUUUUGAUCGUAAAUGAGACUUUGGAUGUAACAAAGAGAGAAAAAAAGAGUUAUAUGAUGGUGAAGGUUGACUUUUAG